GUUUGGUAAAAACUGAAGAGCACGAACGCAAAAUGGCAUAACUCAUGACUGCGAAAUUUUUACCCGAAAGGAGCCAAGAAGAAAAGAGAAAGAAGUAAAUCGAAACAGGGGAGAUUGUCGUCUCUCUCUGUUUCAUUGUCCGUAGAACGAAGCUUCAUAAGGAAAUCGGAGGCAGAAGACAAAAGCCGGCAGAGAGAAAGGAGAUUUGAAUCUGUAUACUCAGUUGGAGAUCGGUAGUUGCUUUUUGAUUUUGAUAUUUUUGUAUUCGGUUCGUUUGGGAAGAGAACGAUGAGUGGUGGAUGGGAGAGGGUUACGUCGUCGAGAUCGAGAUUGAGCCGAGAUGUGAGUUUGACUGGCCGUUCGUCCACGACUCGGACGGUUCGACUCGGCCGGGUCCAGCCUCAGGCUCCUAGUCACCGCACCAUUCACUGCAACGAUCGCGAGGCUAACUUGCCCGUCAGAUUUCAGGGGAAUUCUAUAUCAACUACAAAGUACAAUUUCUUUACCUUUGUACCAAAAGGAUUGUUUGAACAGUUCAGGCGGGUGGCCAAUUGCUACUUUCUAUUCAUAUCAAUUUUAUCAAUGACCCCAAUCAGUCCCGUCAAUCCUGUAACAAAUGUAGUCCCUCUGAGCUUGGUGCUUUUAGUCUCUCUUAUUAAGGAGGCCUUUGAAGAUUGGAAGCGCUUUCAGAAUGACAUGGUGAUUAACAAUAGUCCAGUAGAGGUGUUGCAAGAUCAAAAGUGGGCGACUGUUCCCUGGAAAAAGUUACAAGUUGGAGAUAUAGUCAGGGUUAAACAAGAUGGAUUCUUUCCUGCAGAUCUGCUUUUCCUUGCUAGUACAAAUCCAGAUGGUGUCUGCUACAUUGAGACUGCAAAUCUGGAUGGCGAAACAAAUUUGAAGAUCAGAAAGGCAUUGGAAAGGACUUGGGAUUACUUGACGCCUGAAAAAGCUGCUGAAUUCAAAGGUGAAGUGCAGUGCGAGCAACCAAACAAUUCGCUGUACACUUUCACUGGCAAUCUUGUAAUCCAAAAGCAAACUUUACCUCUCACUCCCAACCAACUACUUUUAAGAGGAUGUAGUCUCAGGAACACAGAGUACAUUGUUGGGACUGUUAUUUUCUCGGGCCAUGAAACAAAGGUUAUGAUGAACUCUAUGAAUGUUCCUUCCAAGAGGAGUACACUGGAGAGAAAACUUGACAAGCUUAUACUGACCCUUUUUGGAUCUCUUUUCUUUAUGUGCCUGAUUGGAGCCAUAGCCAGUGGUAUAUUCAUUAAUCGUAAGUACUACUACCUGGGACUUGAUGAAGGUGCGCCAACGGAGUUUAACCCUAACAACCAGUUUGCGGUUGCUGCUCUGACUUUGUUUACACUUAUCACCUUAUACUCAACAAUAAUUCCUAUCUCAUUAUAUGUUUCCAUUGAGAUGAUCAAAUUUAUUCAGUGCACCCAAUUUAUCAACAAGGAUCUACAUAUGUAUCAUGCUGAAACCAACACUGCUGCAUUGGCUAGGACUUCCAAUUUGAACGAGGAACUUGGACAGGUGGAAUAUAUAUUUUCUGAUAAAACUGGGACAUUAACUAGAAAUUUAAUGGAGUUCUUUAAAUGUUCAAUUGGAGGAGAGGUUUAUGGGUGUGGUAUCACUGAAAUAGAGCAGGGAGGAGCACUGCGAAGUGGCAUGCAAGUUCAUGAAGUGCAUAAAUCAGUUAGUGCAAUACAUGAGAAAGGGUUUAAUUUCGAUGAUUCUAGGCUAAUGCGAGGAGCUUGGAGGAAUGAGCCUGAUCCUGACGCAUGCAAGGAAUUUUUCAGAUGCCUCGCUAUUUGUCAUACGGUACUUCCUGAAGGUGAUGAAUCUCCAGAGAAAAUCACAUAUCAGGCUGCAUCACCAGAUGAGGCUGCUUUGGUUACUGCUGCAAAGAAUUUUGGUUUUUUCUUUUACAGGCGAACCCCUACAACGAUAUAUGUUCGUGAAUCUCAUGUAGAUAAAAUGGGUAAAAUUCAGGAUGUGGGUUAUGAAAUUCUGAAUGUUCUUGAGUUCAACAGCACACGGAAACGCCAGUCUGUUGUUUGUAGAUAUCCUGAUGGCAGACUUGUAUUAUACUGCAAGGGUGCUGAUACUGUAAUUUAUGAGAGAUUGGCUGAUGGAAAUGAUGAUUUAAAGAAAAUAACCAGAGGACACUUGGAACAAUUUGGAUCUGCUGGAUUACGUACCCUUUGCCUAGCCUAUAGAGAUUUAAGUCCUGAAAUUUAUGAAAGCUGGAAUGAGAAGUUUAUCCAGGCUAAAUCUUCUCUUAGAGACCGUGAAAAGAAGUUGGAUGAGGUAGCAGAGCUAAUAGAAAAGGAACUCAUUUUGAUUGGUACCACUGCUAUAGAAGACAAGCUGCAAGAAGGAGUACCAGAUUGUAUUGAGACUCUUUCUAGAGCUGGAAUCAAGAUUUGGGUGUUAACAGGGGACAAAAUGGAAACAGCAAUAAAUAUAGCUUAUGCUUGCAACUUAAUUAACAAUCAGAUGAAACAAUUUAUUAUCAGUUCAGAAACUGAUGCGAUCAGAGAAGUGGAAGACAGGGGUGACCAAGUGGAAAUUGCACGUUUUAUCAAGGAAGAAGUGAAAAAAGAACUGAAGAAGUGCCUUGAGGAAGCCCAACAGUGUUUGAGCACUGUAUCUGGUCCAAAGUUAGCACUUGUUAUAGAUGGGAAGUGUCUGAUGUAUGCCUUGGAUCCAAGUUUACGAGUAAUGCUGCUAAAUUUGAGCUUGAAUUGUAGUUCAGUUGUUUGCUGCCGGGUUUCUCCUUUACAGAAAGCGCAGGUGACUAGUCUGGUCAAGAAAGGGGCACGUAAAAUAACGCUUAGCAUUGGUGAUGGUGCUAAUGAUGUUAGCAUGAUCCAAGCUGCUCAUAUUGGUGUUGGAAUAAGUGGGUUAGAAGGGAUGCAAGCAGUCAUGGCUAGUGAUUUUGCAAUUGCCCAGUUUCGCUUUCUUGCUGAUUUACUUCUUGUGCAUGGGCGGUGGUCAUAUCUCAGAAUAUGCAAGGUCAUAACAUAUUUCUUUUACAAGAAUCUUACAUUUACUCUGACCCAAUUUUGGUUCACCUUUCAUACUGGCUUUUCGGGGCAAAGAUUCUAUGAUGAUUGGUUCCAAUCACUGUAUAAUGUCAUAUUUACAGCACUGCCGGUGAUCAUGGUUGGGCUUUUUGACAAGGACGUCAGUGCAUCCCUUUCAAAGAAGUACCCUGCACUGUACAAGGAGGGAAUUCGAAAUGUGUUCUUCAAGUGGAGAGUUGUAGGGACUUGGGCUUGUUUUUCUGUAUACCAGUCUCUUAUCUUCUAUCACUUUGUGACCAUUUCAAGUGCUGGUGGUAAAAAUUCAUCAGGGAAGAUUUUUGGACUCUGGGAUGUCAGCACAAUGGCCUUCACUUGUGUUGUUAUCACAGUCAACUUGCGGCUUCUCAUGAUCUGUAAUUCCAUUACAAGGUGGCAUUAUAUUAGUGUUGGAGGAAGUAUCUUAGCAUGGUUUAUUUUCAUUUUUGUAUAUUCAAUUUUUCGGGAGAAUGUAUUUUUUGUUAUAUACGUGUUAAUGGGUACAUUCUAUUUCUACGUGACCGUACUUCUGGUUCCCAUUGUUGCUCUUCUUGGAGACUUCAUUUAUCAAGGGGUUCAAACAUGGUUCUUCCCCUAUGACUAUCAAAUUGUUCAGGAAAUUCAUAGGCAUGAACCUGAUGACAACAGCAGGGCAGGAUUGAUAGAGAUAGAGAACCGGCUAACACCACAAGAGGAAAGAAGCUACGCCAUAGCUCAACUCCCUCGAGAGAUAUCUAAACACACUGGCUUUGCUUUUGAUUCCCCUGGUUACGAGUCAUUUUUCGCUUCACAGCUAGGUGUAUAUGCCCCACAGAAGGCAUGGGAUGUUGCAAGGCGAGCUAGCGCGAAGUCACGAACAAAGACGCCCAAAAAGAAUUAGACUGGACAAAAAUUAUAUCACUGUACAAAAGUAUUCUUUUGGACCCCAUAUCGUAGAAAAUUUUGUAAAUUUUAGAUGUGGCUUAGUUUAGUUGUGAUGUAUUUUCCAUUCAAAUUUUGGUUGCCUUGAAUUAUAGUAAUCCUUAGGUUGUCAAGGUUGUACAGCUCCGCUAAUUCAUGUAGUUUUUAACUGAA